AGAGCUGGGCGUUUGACACUCUUAAGUAAUCCUGGAUGAACACUUCUAACGCAGUCACCGACAUCAGACCGAGCAGCGUUAAAUAAACAGCCAAUGAACGCUCUGCUCCCGUCAGUAUAAAAACCUGCAGUCCUCUGAGCCGCUCGCUGAACUGUGAAUGAACAACUGACGGUCACGGUUGGGCGCACGGAUGGCUCGGCAGCUUUUACGCGCAGACUGGAAUGUAUAAUUGCUUGUUGACGGUGGAAAGCGGCGGCAACACCAUGCAAAACUCGUUAUUGUCCGCGGCACACUCUCCCGGGAUACCUACAGCUGUUUCAUUCAUGUGGAAAUCAGGAAAUCCGCAGUCGCCCAACUGGACUGGGCUGGAGAAAGAAAACGCGACGAAUCUCCGCGAGUUGGACGCAUUUGAGAACAGGCGCGCGCAGUAUGGCCAGUUUUCUCCAUCCACCUCAAUAUUCCUAACUGUGCUUAUGACACUGCUGGUGUUCGCCACGGUCCUGGGGAACGCGCUGGUCAUUUUAGCUUUUGUGGUGGAGAAAAGUUUACGCACACAAGGCAACUUUUUCUUUUUAAAUUUGGCCAUCGCGGACUUUCUUGUCGGUGGAUUUUGCAUUCCCGUGUAUAUUCCCUAUGUCCUGACGGGUGAGUGGAGACUGGGCAGGGGUCUGUGUAAACUGUGGCUGGUGGUGGAUUAUAUGCUGUGCACCGCCUCUGUCUUCAACAUCGUGCUCAUCAGUUUCGACAGGUUUCAGUCCGUCACUAAAGCGGUGAGUUACCGUUGCCAGAAGGGCAUCACCAGAGAGGCUGUUUUGAAGAUGCUCUGCGUGUGGCUGGCAGCGUUCUUUCUUUAUGGUCCAGCUAUUAUCAGUUGGGAACACAUCGCAGGAGGAAGUGUGGUGCCAGAUGGAGAGUGCUAUGCUGAAUUUUACUUCAACUGGUAUUUUCUGAUGACUGCCUCCACUGUCGAGUUCUUCACCCCUUUCAUAAGCGUCACUUACUUCAACCUCAGCAUUUACAUCAACAUCCGCAACAGAUGCGCAGUGAGGGAAGAACAGCCCACUUAUAUUCGGCUUAGGAGCUUCAAGAUGAGGCCGGUCAGAACCGGCGAUGUACAGCGCGUGUUUUUUGUGAGGCCCGUCGAGGAAAGGGAGGUCGACUUGUCCUCAAGGCCACGGUGCUGCCGGUUACCUUCUACCGCAAAGGUGUCUGCUGCAGAGUUUGGUAAUGGCAGACAGACUAAACGAAGAGACAGCGCAAUCGCAGACUUGCCUCCUCUGCAGGUCGGUGAGCAGAUCCUGACAUCCAGUGAGGCACAGUUUCAUUACGUGGAUCAUUCGGCUGGAUCACACAGACACCGUCCUGAUAUGGUUGCCAGUCUGGCCAGCCGCUUUCGCCUGUCUAGAGAUAAAAAGGUGGCAAAGUCUCUAGCUGUAAUAGUUUGUGUUUUUGGACUCUGUUGGGCACCCUACACGCUGCUGAUGAUCAUUCGGGCAGCAUGUCACAGUCAGUGCGUCCAGCACUACCUUUAUGAGAUCUCGUUCUGGCUGCUGUGGAUAAACUCAUCCAUCAAUCCAAUCCUGUAUCCUCUGUGCCACAGCAGCUUCAAAAGAGCCUUCAGCAAAUUACUGUGUCCGAGCAAAACUAAAAUUCAACCUCAGAAUAUGGACCAGAAGUAUUAAAUUUGAGGAUGAGGAUGUGACCACAUUUUCAAAGAGGGCUUUUCUUUUUUUAAUGUGCUUGUAUCUAGCAGAACAUUUUCUUUGUGCACAUUGUGAGUAGACAGAGAUAUUUUAUCUACAUAUUCAUACUCACAUUUUUGUAUGAAGUAGUGGCAUAGCUAUAGCGCUUCCAAAUUCAAUGAAUCAUAAAUGAUGUCUACAUAACUGGAAGUGUCUAGUGCAGUGCCAUGUUUGCCUUUGUAAGUAUUUUGUUCCUUUUUUCAAAAUAAAUUCUACUGGUGAAGUGAUGAUCAUAAUAGACUUUUAUACCUCUGGUAACCACAGUCUGCAAUGAAAACAAUUGCGAUGAGAUCUCAAACCAUGCUGUUCGUGAUAAUUGUAUACUGAUUCUACAUGACAGAUGUACAGGGAUUGCUGGUGAAGCCUGUAGUUCCCCUAGCAACUGUGGGACAGACUAAAUGCAGAAAAAAACACGACUCAUUUCUUAUAAGCAUAUCAAGAUAACCAAUUUAUACUGGAAUAUUUCAGGUCUGAACACUCAUCUCUAAUCAACGGAAAUAAGAUGCAUUAAGAUUCCGUUCAAACACAGAGAUACAGAACAAUAAAUAAGAAAACCAACAGACAAAUAUACUUGCAUGUAUAAAAUAACCAGGACAAAUGUUUCUACCGGCAUUCACUGGAAAACUAGGCUCCAAUGCGUGCUUUUUAACAAU